AUGCCGAAAACAAAAAGAACUCCCCCAGCUACACCCAACGAGCAAUCAACGAUAAAGGUAACAGAGAAUUCUAAACAAGGCUCAGACUUAGUAAAACCGAUAAACGACUCCGUACUGCAACGGUGCGAAACAACAGUCGAUCCCCACAAACUCACCUCGACCAUAACAGAGCGCAAGAAAAGGAAACUUACUGAACAUGAUAAUAAUAUGCCAUCAUUGCUGCAAGAAAUGUUUGACCAAUUUUCUAAGGAACAGGAGAGGCGGAAAAGUGAUCGACUUUUCAAGUAA